AUGUGUGCAACGACCACAGAGACCUUGUUAGACUGGGCCGACGAGGAGCUGGAGGUUCUAGCCGGUAGCAAGUGGCAGAUGGUGGCACACGAAAUGCGUGAGGAUAUCAUCGCAGAACAUGCGGAGCUCGAGGAAGUGAUUGGGGACUUUCUGCAGACUCACGGCAUCACGCAGGAGAAGUUCUUAUGGGCCCACAAGAUUCUGCUUUCCCGUGCCAUGACCUUCUACAGAGAAGGUGGAUCGCGGCUGAUGGUUCUUGGGCCGGGACAAGACAUGUUCAACCACAGCUGUGAAGCAGUGGGUUACGAGGAUGUCAAGCUGGAGACGGUCGAGGGAAAAGACAUGCUAGUGAUCCGUGCCUUCAAACCCUUCGCCGAGGGAGAGCAGGCGUUUUAUUCCUACUCCCCAGCCUCAAACGGGCGGCUGCUGCUCAUGGGCGGCUUUGUCGUUCCUGAAAAUCCCUUCGACUCCGUUGAAUUGAUGUUGACCUUCCCAGUGAAUCCGAGCUCGGCGCCCCUCUUCCAGCAGCUGGCGGAAGGUGUGCGUCGCGAGAUCUUGGAUUGCAUCUACUUGUACGAAGGAGAUCUGCAGCACUUGUCGAUGACGUCUGCGACAAUCCAGUCCCAGUGCUCAGCCAGUGAGCUGCAGCAUAUUCGUGAGCGAAGAAUCUGUCAUUUGGACUUGACGUUGCCGGUUGUCGAUGUCUCGGCUUGUCCUUGGAAUGCAGAUGUGCUUGAAGUUGCAAUUUCCCCAGGUCUGGCCGUUCGGUCUUACGUUUUGCGCAAUUUCCUGCCUCGCUGCACGUGCCUACGCCACAUUCACCUCCGCCUCAUGCCCGACCCCGGGUGGCACCUUGUGCAAUGGGCUCAAGGAACGCCUGAAGCAGUGACGGAGGCAGAGAGGCAUGAUCGCGUCAGUGGCAACGACAGUGAUGCACUAGUCCUGGCGAAGUUAUCUCGGUGUCGGGCACGGGCGAGCCCCUUGCAUCACUUCAACCAGAGCCUGAAAGCUAUCCUCGAAAGCUUGAAGGACAAUUUGUGGUGCCCCAAUCUCUCAGGUGUUUCCAUGAUCGCCGUGCUACCUUCCGACCAGUUUUCAGUGGACCGAGUAGAACUGUGUACUUGGAAGAAUGAACCUACCACCAAUAAGCGCGGCCUGGUCCACGACUUCGUGACCCGCAUAUGCUUCCGGAAUGAGGACAGCUUCUCAUCUGAGGACCAGUGGCGAGAGCUUCCCUGCCUCUCUGGCUACCUCCUGGUGGGCACACCCUCACUGAAUUUCUUCCAGCAUGGGACGACGAGUCCUGAAAAUGACGUGCUGGGAUCGGAACGGGUGCUACCGUGCUUUUAUGGAUCUGGGUGUGACGAGGACAGCUUUGCAAUGAGGUCUCGAUUCGAGGCCGCCUUCUGCACCCAUUAUGCUUCGUUCUCUCUGUAUGGAAAGCCGAUGCUGAUGCGGGGUGAUGUGACAGUGCAGGUGCCCGGCAUAUUUCCUGGUUUCGCUUGUGUGGUUGGCAAAGACAUGGCAGCAAGGUUCAUCAGGCAAAAUCCGGAGUAUGGCGAGGACAUGGUUUGGGAGACACUCUGCCUUUUCUACGAGGAGUCCGGAUUGGACAUGCAGUUCGUCCGGGACGAAGCGGCGGAGUUCGCAGAUAGCUCUUCUGAAGAAUGCGUCAGCGCAGACGGCGAGACAGGCGUUGGCCGUGGCAUCCACCAUCCGCACUUUCAGCUGCCCCGCACCAGUACAAGUGAUGCUGAGGCCGCUGCUGCUGUGGCGGGCUCGAGCCUAGCAGGACUUGAGCCACGGCAACCUGGCGUGGCUGCCCAGACUUGGCAAGAGCUGGCCGCUGUUGCAACACAGUGCCCGGACAUCACUUGGCUUGGGCGGGUGGUGCUCAGAGGCGGCUGGGCCGUGCGUCCGAAGUACCGGUUCUAUAACGACUUUCCUGCUAUCCACCAGGGUCAGACAACCGAUCUGCGGCUUCAAGGGCACAGGGCACGUUUUGGUGAAAAAUGCAUGAAAUAUGGGAGCAUUGACCUCUGUGUGAGGACCUUGAGUCUGUGGCCGAACGGUGAGCCAGUGGGACAAGACGUGUUGGACUUGUUCCACGAGAUCUGCUGUGUAGGGUCGUUCAACCACUAUUGGCCCAAGGUCCGCUUCUUUCUGAAUGGACAGAAUUUUGCGACUUGGGUGCAGCCGCACUUGUCACACAGGCAUGCAAUGGCUACAAGGCAGGAGGUGGCAAACACCUUGCUUGUGCGAAUGAUCUCGCUUGAUACAAGGAGCGCGGAUGUGGCACAGGCUGUCAGGCGAUGCCGCGAGGAUUUGCAGGCAGAGCCAACCGUCCGAGGUGGCUUAAUCCCAGGCCACAAUGUGCUGACUGCUUGGGAUACCUUGUUUGGGAGAUUCGUUCACCGUGGUCGAGAGGCCUUGCAAGCCUAUGAUCUCAUGCUUCGUCAUGGGGCCCAGAUUUCUGUGCAGGCACGGGGUGGCAAAGAGCAAGCUGAGACUUUGCGUCGACACUGGGAGCGUGCGGGAGGCUCUGGUGACUGGACCGCGUUCGUUCAGCAAUGCGAAGACAUGACUGCCUUCACUGCCGAGGGGAUAAGUGUUUUGAGAUCCUGA